AUGACAGCCACAGACGUCGCUAUUUCUUUCGCCAAGGAUUUCUUGGCCGGUGGAGUGGCCGCUGCCAUUUCGAAGACUGCAGUGGCCCCCAUCGAGAGGGUCAAGCUGCUGCUGCAGGUCCAGCAUGCCAGUAAACAGAUUGCUGUGGAACAGCAGUACAAAGGCAUCAUCGACUGCGUGACCCGUAUUCCCAAGGAGCAGGGUUUCAUAUCUUUCUGGCGUGGAAAUCUAGCCAAUGUCAUCCGGUACUUCCCCACCCAGGCCCUCAACUUCGCCUUCAAGGACAAGUACAAGCAAGUCUUCCUGGGCAAUGUAGACAAGAGGACCCAGUUUUGGCGCUAUUUCGCUGGUAACCUGGCGUCAGGUGGUGCUGCUGGGGCCACAUCCCUCUGCUUCGUCUAUCCUUUGGACUUUGCCCGUACCCGUCUGGCUGCCGACGUGGGAAAGGCUGGAGCCACCCGAGAGUUUAGGGGGCUGGGCGACUGUCUAACCAAGAUCUUCAAGUCUGAUGGCCUCAAGGGGCUCUACCAGGGCUUCAAUGUGUCUGUGCAAGGCAUUAUCAUCUACAGAGCUGCUUACUUCGGCAUCUACGACACGGCUAAAGGGAUGUUGCCAGAUCCCAAGAACACGCACAUUGUCAUUAGCUGGAUGAUCGCUCAGUCAGUGACUGCUGUGGCCGGAUUUGCUUCUUACCCGUUCGAUACGGUCAGGCGUCGAAUGAUGAUGCAGUCUGGAAGGAAAGCGGCUGAUAUCAUGUAUUCGGGCACAAUCGACUGUUGGAAGAAG